AUGAGAGGGGCUGAGAUGGGCAGCAGCCCAGCCGCUGCAGACGAAGCACUUGGAGGCAGGAGCUCACGAGAGACAGCACAGGGACCCGUGAAUCCUCCAUCUCGGCUGGAAGAGGAGAGCAACCCUUCAGCCUGCCAGCCAGCAGAGCCACAGCGGAGUAGGAGAAAGCAGAGCCGCGGCAUGAAGCAGGUGAACUUCCCCGAGGAGAACAGCUUCAGCGAGGUGAUGGCCAGCAGCCCUCACGAUCCUGCGCCCAGCAGCUGCGGGAAGAAACGCCACUGGCUUCAGCGUCUGGUCCCGGACAACUUCUGGGAGGACACAAAGAAGCUGCUGGUGCUCUCGGGGCCACUGAUCGUGAACCAGCUCCUGAUCUUCCUGAUCCACCUCGUCAGCUCCAUAUUCUGUGGCCACCUGGGGAAGGUUGAACUGGCCUCUGUCACGCUGGCCAUCGCUGUUGUAAAUGUUACUGCCAUCUCUGUAGGAUACGGUUUGUCUUCAGCAUGUGACACCUUGAUAUCCCAGACCUACGGCAGCAAGAACCUGCGGCGCGUGGGGGUGAUCCUGCAGCGUGCCAUCCUCAUCCUCCUGCUCUGCUGCUUUCCCUGCUUCGCCAUCCUCAUCAACAUCGAGCAGCUCCUGCUCCUCAUCCGCCAGGACCCUGAGGUCUCCAGGUUAACCCAGCUCUACGUGAUGGCGUUCAUCCCUGCUCUUCCCGCAGUUUUUCUGUAUCACUUGGAGACAAGGUACCUGCAGAACCAGAUGAUCAUGUGGCCCCAAGUGCUGAGCGGCAUCCUUGGCAACGCUGUCAACGUGAUCGCAAACUGCAUCUUUCUCUACGUGUUGGGCUUGGGCAUCGUGGGCUCAGCCUGGGCCAACACCGUUGCUCAGUAUUCUCAAACCAUUUUCUUGUUCCUGUAUAUUGUAGGCAAGAAGCUGCAUGUGGAGACAUGGGGAGGCUGGUCCAGGGAGUGCCUCCUGGACUGGGACAGCUUCACCUCGCUAGCUAUCCCCAGCAUGCUCAUGAUAUGCAUUGAGUGGUGGACCUACGAAAUCGGGAGCUUCUUGAUAGGCCUGCUGAGCGUCGUUGAGCUCUCCGCACAGUCCGUCAUCUAUGAGGUGUCCGUUGUUGCCUUCAUGAUUCCCCUAGGGCUCGGCACAGCUGCCAGCGUCCAGGUGGGAAACGCGCUUGGUGCUGGGGACGUGGAGACAGCCAAGAGAUCUUCCUCCACCUGCUUGCUCUGCACGGGGGGGUUUUGCAUAGCAGUAGGGGCCAUUUUAGCAGCCACGAAGGAUGUGCUGGGCUAUAUCUUUACCAGUGACAAGGAGAUCAUUGCCUUGGUGGCCUGGGUCAUGCCCGUCUAUGUUGUCUUUCACUUGUUUGAAGCCAUGUGUGGUGCCUGCAGCGGGGUGCUCAGAGGCAUCGGCAAGCAGAAGUUCGGCGCCAUCCUCAACGCCAUCGCUUACUACGGCGUGGGCCUUCCCCUGGGAGUCGUGCUCCUCUUCGUGGCCAAGAUCGGUGUCAUAGGUCUCUGGCUCAGCAUGCUCGUCUGCGUCUCCAUCCUCUGCAGCUGCUUCGUCGCCUACAUCAUCCGCAUGGACUGGAAGAGGGCGGCCGAGGAGGCUCAGCUCCGUGCAGGAGUGACCCAGCAGUCAGCAGAGGAGCUGAACCCGGGUCCCGACGCAGCCUGCAAGGCUCUGCCCUGCGGCGCAGGACCGGACCCACCGCCCCACGCUCACAGCCCCGCGGCGGCGGCGCGGGGGUGUGUAGCGGGAAUGGAUGCCCAGAACGGUGUCGUGCUCAUGGGCGUCACCAGGAUCGAGGGACCAGCGUAUCAGCCAGAGCCCCAGGAAGCAGCGCCUGCCCCAGCAGCUCCAGUCACCGUGGUGCCCAUGAAAGAGCUGCUCCUCCGGCGCGGGCUAGCGGGGACCGCAGCUGUCGCGGUGCUCGCGCUCGGCAUCGUAAUAAAGCUCAUGACCAGCAAACGCUGAAUGGUACCGCGCGCUCUGGGGACUUUAGGGACAAAGGCACCUCCUGACUGAUGGACACACAAAGCACAGACCGACCAAGAGGAGAAUCCAGCACCCGAGUGGCCUGUCGGGGAGAAGGGCCCCCCUCGGCCCUUGGCAGUACCCGACGGGAUCCCGCUCGGGAACGGGCCCUGUGCACCCCCGAGCGCUGCCAGGCUGCCCGACGCCCUGAGCGGGGGGUCACCCCCUCCGCACCCCCUCCGCGCGCUGCCGCCUCUCACCCGCCGACCGGAGCUGAGCACGGCCCGGCUCGCACCGCCGCUAAUAAAGAAUAAACCCGGCUAGACCCAGGCUGGCUCCUUUGCG